AUGGGGCAUUUAUUGGGGGUUUCGCUUGCUUGGGACUUGGGUGAAAGACGGGUUAUCAUUGAAGUUGAUAGUUUGGAGGCUCUCGAAGCAAUUCGUAUGGCGAGAACAGGGAAUCAUCGUUUAACCAUCCUAGUUCAUGUGGUUGAAAUGCUUCAAUUCGAUUGGAGUGUGCAGUUCCAGUACAUCGAUUGGAGUGUGCAGUUCCAGUACGUCGCUCGUGAGGGAAAUGGAGUGGCAGAUUGUUUGGCGAAGCUCGCCGUCCAGGGGAAUGCCGGUGUUUGUACAUUCAGCUAUCCUCCUGAUGAAGUGCUCCCGUUAUUGCAACUAGAUUCAGGCUUGUCGGCCUGA